AUGAAGGUGUUUGCAGUAAUCCUUGCACUGGCGGUCUUCUCAGGCUGCCAUGCACGAAGCUUGCUUCAGCAGGACUGGCAGAACAGCUGGGAAACCACAGUCGACAAGUUUAGGGAUUACAUCACGGACCUGAACUCAAAGGCUGAUGCAGUGGUGAAGGACAUCAAGAGCUCCCAGAUCAGCAGAGAACUGGACACCCUGAUCCAGGACAGCAUGGCCGAGCUGGCCAUGUACAAGGAUGACCUGCAGACCAAGCUGGCUCCCUACACUCAAGAGGCCGCAGAUCGUCUGGGCAAAGACCUGCAGCUCAUGGCUGACAAACUCCGUGAACACAUGACUGAGGCCCGAGAGCAGAUGGACAAGUACGUCCAGGAGCUUCAGACCAUGAUGGAGCAGAACACCGACGACGUCAGGAGCAGAAUCUCCACCUACACCCGUAAAAUGAAGAAGCGCCUCAGCAAGGACACAGAGGAGAUCAAGAGACAUGUCGCAGAGUAUUUCGAGGAGCUUCAGUCCCGCACCUCUGAGAACGUGGAGGACCUGAAGACUAGACUGGACCCUUACUUUGCUCAGGUGCGAGACAACGCCCAGGCAAAGAUCACCACCCUGAAGGACCUGCUGACGUCUCAGAUGGAGAACAUGAAGCUCAAGAUUCAGAAUACAGCUGAGGACAUCAAAGAUCGCUUUGAGGACACCACUGACAACCUGCGAUCCACCAUGAAGGAGAAGAUGCAGGAUGUGCGCGACUUUUUUCAGUCCUGCGUGUCCUAUUUCAGUGGAAGCCAGUAA